AUGACAUCAGACGAGUUGAAUGCAACGAAUUCAAAUGAGACUAAUUUAGAGUCUAUAAAAAUACAUCGGUUAUUUUAUGUGGAAGAUAAUAGUGGUUUAAAUGGCGAUGACUAUAGAAUGGCAGGUGAUUUUCAAAACAUGCAAAUAAUCAUCGAGCAUCUGCGUCAGAUAGAUCUACAGAAAACACAAAUAUUUGGUACAUUUGGAGAUAAUGCUGGCGCUGAAAAUUAUCUUUAUUCAGUAUUUCCAAAUAGUCAAAGUCAAAUAAAAUCAUUAUUUACUAAUGUUGAACAGAUACCGACUAUUUGGACAAUAUUUAAUAGUUUAAAUUUGGUCUUUUUACUAAUUUGUAAUGAAAAUAUAACGUUGGAAAAAAACACUUAUUUUACCAUUGUAAUGCAAAGAUUUUUACAAGAUGUAUGUCAAAAUAUUAUCAUUUGUCCAUCGGAAACAUUUUUUGUAAAUUUUUCAACUGAACAUUCAUUUCAUGGUAAACCACAUGGAUCUCGAACAUAUAAAAUAGUAAAAAAGGAAUUAUUCAAUAUCCAAGCACCACAAAACGUUAAUUUAGAUGACAAAAACAUUUUAAAAUCUUUAUUAGAUGAACAAUGUCGAAAUGUUUUGAUUACAAACAAUAGUUCAAUCACGUAUUGUGUUAGAAAAACUUUGCAAGAAGCAAAUUUAAUUUCAGAAGACGAUAGAUUUACUAAAUUAGGUGAACUUUUAAAGGCCCACUUUGAUAUCAGUACAGUCAAUUUACGUAAAAUCUUGGAUCUCUGUGAAAACAGUCGAGUCUUCUUAUCGUACAAACAAAAAACAGAAAUAGAAAAACUAAUCACAACUUAUGUACAAUUAUAUAAUAAUGAUAUAGUUCAUAUUGAUCAUGAAGCAAAGUCAUCAAUUCAAGAGUUAAUUGGCAUAAGCAAAGUAUUCGGUUCUAUCAGACAUGAAACUGAAAAAGAGUUUAGAAAACAGCUAUAUCAAAUCACGAAAAAUUGGCUGAUUAAUCCAAAUUGUUCUCAAGCAACUGCUGAAGAUUGUGCUGAAUACAUUAUCAAUUCUUUACAAAACCAUCUUAGAAGUAAACAUUCUUCUCCCAAUAUUAAACCCCAAGAACGCUUGGAUUUUAUAUCUCGAUUGAAGAAAAAUGAUAAGAAAAAUAUCGUACGACAAUUCCAGGAAAAUUGCACAGACUUGAUUUUAUUAGAAGCUAAAUCAGAAAAUCAAUUCAACAUUCAUUUUGAUAUUUAUCCGUUGCAAUAUAUUUCUCAUUUUAAUAGUGAACAUUAUCUAGAACAUGUUACUGUCAAUUCUUCUGCACCAAUUCAAAUUACAUUCCAUGAAUUAAAUCUUUUUAUGAAUCUCUCUGAACUAUCUGAAGCGGAUCGUCUUGCAUUAUCAAGAAAAAUAAAACUUAUUGCUUGUUUUAAUACAAACGAUGGUAAAAGUGAAAUUAUUGUCAUUAACAGACCCAAUAUCAUUAACGGAAGAUUGAGUGAAAAUACUGGAUAUACUAUUUUACUGCAUAAAAGUGGAUGUUUUAAAAAAAUAUCAGAUUAUGCUCGUUCAGCAAUUCAUUUCGCAUAUGCAUCCAAUCAAAAUUCACAAACCUUAGUUUUUUAUCAUAUAAAUACCAGAGAAGUAACACGAUGGUCAUUGACUGAAUCUGGAGAAAUGAAAAUUCAUUCUAUCUUACAAUUAUCGGAUAGUUCUCACAAGCCCGAUGGCGUUAAAAGUCUUGCAUUAACAGUGGCACAAAAUUUACUUAUUCUCAUUGAUUCAACUUCUACAGUUUAUUCGAUUGAUAUUUCAGGUGAAGAAAUUGCCUUUACAUCAUUAUUAUAUAAAAGUACGAAUAAUUCAACUAGCAGAACAGAUUUUAAAUCUGAUGAUGGCGAACUUUAUCAAACAGUUCAAACAAUUGGAGAGAAAAAUCCAAUAUUUUUCUUUCAAACAAAAUAUUGUGUUGAUAUUAUUGAUCAAAAUUAUUGUCAAAUAUUUAGUAUUAAAUUAAAAGGAAAUUCAGAAUUAUAUAAAAUGCAAAUUUUUACAGAUUUUGUUGAUACAUAUUGUGUCUUUUUUAAUGCAAACACUAGCGAAGUUUAUUGUUUUCAAAAUCUUAUAUCAGAUACACGCAUUGAACGACAAGAAAGUUCGAACAAUCUAGACAAACUAACUAAACGAUAUGUUGGUAAUCGAUUAUUGGAUAUAAUUAAAAGAGGUGAAAUACAGUUUGGUGCUCCCGAUUCACUCGAUGAAACUCAUUAUUAUAUAGUACUUUCACCGGAAUACUCAUCGUACUCUGAUAAGAUAAAGAAAUAUUUCAAAGAUUUAAACAUAUCAGCACAAUUAACCAUAGGAUGUGAAAAUAUGAAUUCGAAUAGUUCUUCUAUACAUAUAGAAUCUUUAAUUAAAACUAUCAUUAGUCGUAUACCAUUACAACUUUGUACCAUAGAAAUGGGAACUUUAGUUCCAUUGAAUAAUGGACGACGUGAUCGAAUGAAUCAUUUAUCAUCUAAAUCAUUUCGAAUCGAUAUGAAAGCAAGGGAAAUAUCAUUUUCGUAUUUGGAUUAUUUAUUAAAUAAUAUUAAUGAAAAUGAAAAUAUUCGAAUCAUUGGUAUCAUUGGUCGUCAAUCAACUGGAAAAAGUUAUUUAUUAAAUAAAAUAUUUCAAACGAGAUUUUCCGUUGCAGCCGGACGAUGUACUGAUGGAAUAUGGAUGAGUUAUGUCUUUUUGGAAAAUACUCACUUUAUUAUAUUAGAUUGUGAAGGUUUAUUUAGUGAUCAACGAACUGACGAUGAAGAAAUAAAACUUAUUUCAUUUUUAACUGCUGUUUGUGAUAUAACAAUUCUAAGUCAAGACUUAGGAUUUAGUCGUUUUCAAGAUCGUCUAUUUGCUUUUCUUUCGCAAGCGGUCGAAAAAAUAAAUAAAAGUGAAAAAUUAUUUAAAGGAAUAUUAUUUGUUGCCAUACGAGACAUAAGUGAUAUUAAUGAUCAGGAAUCAUUUGUUGCUGCUGAAAAGAAAUUCUUAGAUUUACAAAGUAAAGGUAAAAGUGGCUUUGUUGAACAAUUAUUUUCUAAUACAUUUAAAGUUCAAUUAUUACAUCAUUUUGAAAAUAAAAAUUUUGAUUAUGAAAUCCAAGAAUUACGUAAAACAUUUCUAAGUUAUGUCAAUACCAGCUCAGACAGUACAUGCCGAUGGGAAAAUGGAAAAACUUUGUUGGAUCGUUUGAAAAUCCUUCUAGUACAGUUGUAUACCGAUGAUUUUAUUGAUUCUGAUGAAAUACAUUGUGAAAUGAAACUAGCAGGAUUAAUUGAACAAAUGAAAAAAGCUUGGACAAGGUUUUACUUGGAUGAUGACGAGGCAAAUAUUGUGUCCAACGAGCAAAUAAUAGAAGCAACAUUUAACAAUAAAAAAUAUGUGAUUAAAUUGAAUCAUGAGAAAUUAUAUUUGGAUGAAAAUGCUUCUGAUCAAAAUUUCGAUAACAUUUGUGAAUUUAUUUUUAAUGAAUUAUAUCCACAAAAUGAUUCUGCAAAUGUAACUAAAGAAGAAAUAAAUAAAAUGCGAAUAUUUAUUGAUGAAAUUAUUCUUGAAGUAAUGAGUUAUCGUCGUCAACAAGUAACACAGUGGAUGAUUAAAAAAUUUAAACAAGAAUUUCCAACUGAAAAUGAAAGUAUUAAAGAACGUCGAAGAAAAUUCUUAAAUACGAUUGAACAAUACACGCUUUCAUUUAAAUUUAAUAUAUGUUUGAAAAAAUGUUCAAUAUGUGAUUUACAAUGUAUUAAAAAUUCUCAACAUACGCAUGAAACAAAAGUUUUACUUGAGAGGAAAAAAGAAGAAUUGAAAAAAGUACAAAUUUCAUUAGAAACCUUUGAUUUAGAAAGUAUUCGUGAACGUAUGCAAAAAUUAAAUCAAGACAUAUAUGAUGCGACAUUAAAGGAAAAUAAUCUUCGUCAAGAAAUGAAUUUAUUAUCUAAUGAGUUGAAAUAUCUAACUGAAAAAGAAAACAUUGAGACACAAAUCAAUGAAUGUGAUUCAAAAGUAGCGAUUGAAAAAAGAAAGAUCGAUGAUUGUCAGCUUAAUAUCAAUGAUAUUGAUCAAGAAUUAAAUAUUCUUGUACCAAAUCAAAAAGAUUAUCAGAGUACAACUCAAUUACUGCAACAUCUCGAUCAAGAAAUUUUAUCCAUAUUGAAUCCUAACAACUAUGCUCAAUUGAACCUAGUUAUUGAUUCAUUUCAUACAAAAUAUAAAGAAAUUAGUAAGCCUGAAAAUGAUUUACUCUGCUUCUCGCUUGAAGAACAAACAACGGACUCAAUCGAAUCAACAGGUUACUGCCAAUGUUUGACACCAUUCUUUGUCUCUAUGAUGAGCAAAAAUAUUGAUCAACUUUCCAAUUAUUUGUUAUUGAUUCAAGAGAACUUUGAAUAUAUCGAACAACAACUUGAAAACUCCAAAGAGAAUGUAAUCAAUACAGAAAAUGAAAUUAAAGAACUUGAACAAGAGAAAACUACAGUUGAAAAUCAAAAGGUAGAAACAAACAAGCUGAUUCAAAAGUAUUCAGAAGAAAAUGAAGACAUCAUCAAAAAGUUAACUGACAUAAGUACUGAACGAGAAAUAUUAUCAAAACAAAUUGAUGAAAAUAAUCAUUCUAAUGAUCAAAUGAACUCGUUUAUUGUUGAAAAAGUCAAAUAUUAUAUGAAAGAUUUACAAAAAAGACGAGUUAAUUGUUCAUGCUUGCACUUUUGUAAUGAUCAUGAAAAAAUCGAGACAACAAAACAACAAGAAAUUCUAAGACUACAAUUCUUUUUAGAAGAAAAAAAGAAAAAAGAAAAAAUUAUAGCUACUAAUGCAGAAGAAUUGGAGACCUCGAAUGACAAUAUUCGAAUUCAACAAUGUAAAGAAGAAAUAAAUAAGAAUGAAGAAAACAUUACAAAAAUUCUUGAAAAAAUUAAUACCAUUCAAACAAAAAUCGAUUCUAUUGAAGCACAUCAAUCGAUAUUGAAACAAAUAGACGAAGAACACGAUAAAUUAAAUCUAAUAGUGCAAAGUAUACAAUCAUCUGAUAAAAAAAUCGAGUCGAAAAAAGAGCUCUUAGCUCAAUGCUUGGAAAAGAUCAAUGAAAAGAAAACAUGUAUUAGAAAAUUAGAAGAAGCUGAUCCUUUAGAAGAGAUCGAUCAAGAGAAACAGGCAUUAGAGAAGCUUAACAAACAACAUGAAAAAAUCUUAAAUGAAUUCAAUGAAAUAGAACAACAAGUUUUAAUCUUAUGCCAAAAUGAUCCUCUAUUAAGUAAAAUUUUAAAUGAACCGCAAGAUGACAAAGAUAAAGACGAGCAAUUAUUAAAAGAUCGUCUCAAUCAAUUAUCGAAAUCCUUCGAAUCUUUAAAUGAAAAAAAUAAACUCAUCUUAAAUACUUUAUUAUCAAACAAAACAGCGUUAGAAGAGCAAACUCAGCAAUUGUUAAGUAUCAACAAGAAAAUUGAAGAACAAAAUAUCAAACACGAACAAUAUAAGAACGACGUUCAUAUUAAUGAAGAACUACAUAUUUUAGGAAAUGAACUCCUACAAUUGCUUAUAAAUACUAAAAGCUUACUCAAUAUUAAUUUGAAAAGAUCGAAUGAAAUUUUUCAAGCAAAUAAAUUAAUUCAUGAACAUUUAUCAUUAUCAAAUAUACUAAAAUCUGCCAAUGAAGAAUUAGUACGACUCACAACCAAUAAAGAACAAUUUAAUAAACAGUUGUAUGAGACGAAUAGUAUUAAUCAUCCAAUGAACUUCGUUAAUAGCCAUGAAUGUAAUGAAAAGUACCAACAAAUUGUCAAAGAUUACGAAAAUGCAAGUUUAUAUAAUAAACAUUUAAGACAAGAAUUAUCAGAUGUUGGUAUUUAUUCUCGUUUGACAAUUGAUAUUGAACAUUUAGAAAGGGAAGCUCAAAAUAAAUGUAGUUGCGAGACAGAUCAUAAAUGUUCUGGAAUAUGUCAAAUUUGUGCUGCAGAAGAUAAAACAAAACAAAAUCCGUGUAUGUUCAAAGCUGGACACGAUGGUGCACAUAAAUGUGAUAGUGGUCAUGUAUGUAAAAAAUCUUGCCAAAUCUGUGAAAUUUAUGGUAAAUCAGAUAAUAAAUGUCAUUUUGCAUAUGAGCACCAGGAACCAGAAUAUCAUCAGUGUGAGCGUAUUCAUCAAUGUCCAGCAACUUGUAUUUGCUCAGAUCCAUGCACCGUACCCUUAGAACUUAAACCUCAUAGUGUUCAUCAAUGCAAUAAGAAAGAUUGUUGGAAACCAUGUAUAUUUUCAUGUGGUAAAUCAUGCGCGAAUCAAGAUCAUAAACAUGAUAUAACAGCAGAAUUAGUUACAAUAAUUGAUGGUCGUGAAACUCACCAAGUGAAGAAACAUUUAUGUAAUGAAUGCCAUUAUUGCAAAGGCAUAUGUGAUGCACCUGGUGUCUGUAAACAAGAAUAUAAAACACAACAAAGAAAAUGGACAACAGAAUCAGGUCAAGAAUUUAUGUAUGAUCAUAUUGAAGUCGAAGAAGUUCGCGAUAAAUGUGGAAUAAAAAUACUAGCAGGGAAAUCUUCUCAUAGUGAUAUUGCAAAUCAUCGAUGUGACGGACAACAUACAUGUCAAGAAAGAUGUCCUGAUUGCGGUUCAUUUUGUAGAAAUCCUCAUGGACAUGAUGGAUUUCAUAGAACACUUCAUCGAAAUAAAGAACAACAUAUAUUUACAAGUACAAAUCCAAACGAUCAAAUUGAAAUACGUUCAAAUGAAUCAGAAGAAACCAUUGUAAGAAAAUAUAAAGUUGGAGAAUCAGCUAAGCCGGAAAAUUGUAGUGUAUCUUGUAAACGUCGUGGUCGAUCUCAUUUUCAUUUAGUUGAAUGUCUAGGUGGCCUCACAUGUUGGGAAAAAGUACUGGGUAAUAAAGCAAAACAUUCUGAUGAUACAUAUUACUAUGAGCCAGAUAAUCCAAGUACAAAGAAAUAUGAUAAAAUUUUAUGUUCUGCAUAUUGGUCACACCAUAAAUGGUUUCCACCUGUUAAUGAUAUUGAUAAAAAAAUGAUUGAUACAUGUAAUAUAUAUUGUACAAAUCAUGUCUUACGAGAUCAAAAUGGUUUUAUUGUUAAAGAUUCUUCGAAAGCCUUUUGUACAUUGGAUGCUUGGCAUUCUGGUAAUCAUGUAUUUGAAUGUCAAAAUGAUCAUCAUGUAUUAGAAAUGUAUCAAGGUAUUAAUGUAUGUUUUGUUAUUGAUACAACAGGAUCUAUGGAACCAUAUUUUGGACAAGUUAAAACGGCUAUUAAUCGUAUCAUUAAUGAUAAUCAGACUUUAUUGGCAAAAAUCAAAUCAAAAUGUGAUUUUCAAUUUUCUGUUGUUGAUUAUCGAGAUCAUGAACCAGAAGGAGAUUAUGUUUAUCAUAAGUGUGAUUUUACAAGCCAUACAGUAGCCAUGCAAUAUGUGUUGAAUUUGAAAAGUGGUUCAGGUGGCGAUUUUCCCGAAGCUGUACUGGAUGGUCUAGAUGCAGCCUGCGAUUUGCAAUGGCGCGAUAAUGCUGAUCGUUUACUAUUUCAUAUAUUGGAUGCACCACCACAUGGUCGAAUAUAUCAGACAACGAACGCCGACAAAUGGCCUGAUGGUUGUCCAUGUGGAAAAACGGCUCAAAGUGUGCUGCAUAAAAUGAAAAACAAAAAGAUUUCCUAUCAUGUAUUACAUUGUACAAAUCAUUUAAAUAAGAUGAUCAGUGAAUUUAAAAAUUAUAUAGAUGUAAAAACUCUGAAGAUUAACGAUAAGAUUACAUUUGAAGAUGCUAUUGCAAAACAAGUACACCAACAGUUAAUUGAUACUGAAAUAACAUUGAGAAAAACAUGA